ACACUAAUUCUGGCAAAGGGAUCAAUGGAGAACCAGUCAGCCAACGUCACUUCAACAUUAACACUGGGUGGCUUCAAGUUAAUGCCCGCAGGCAGAUAUGCUGCAUUUGUACUUGGAACGUUACUCUACUGCAUUAUUGUUUUUUGCAAUCUAAUGAUCCUCAUUGCAAUAGCUCUAGAAAAACGACUACACGAGCCCAUGUAUGUGUUGCUUUUCAAUCUACCAAUCAAUGACCUGAUGGGAGCCACUGCUUUGCUUCCUAAAUUAUUGGCGGACACUUUGACAGAUUCAGAAACUAUAACACACCCAGGAUGUGUCAUGCAGGCUUUUUUCAUACAUUUUUAUGCAGCAGGUUCAUUGCUUAUAUUGACAGCCAUGGCUUAUGAUAGAUAUGUUGCAAUCUGUUGCCCUUUAAGAUACAAUGCGAUCCUGACGAGCAGCAAUGUAAUCAAAAUAAUCAUACUAGUUUGGGUUUUGGAUUUCAUUUUGAUAGGUGUGUUAAUUGUACUGGUUUUGAGGCUUCAAAGAUGUAGAUCCAUUAUUUCAAAUGCUUACUGUGACAACCCAUCGCUUAUGAGACUGGUCUGUGCAGACACAAGUAUAAAUAAUAUAUAUGGCUUGUUUAUAACAGGUUUAAUUCAGGGAUUAUCUUUGCUGGCAAUGAUCUUUACAUACUUUCAGAUUCUUUUGACAUGCUUAAUGAACAAACAGUCUGAUGCAAAGAGCAAAGCUAUUCAAACCUGUGCUACACAUUUAACUGUGUAUAUCAUUCUAUAUACCUCUGCCCUUUUUCUAAUACUUUCUUAUCGAUUUGAACAGAUUUCUCCCUCUUUUAGGAAAGUAGUAGGAGUAGCUGUUAUAUUAUAUCCCCCAGUGUUUAACCCAAUCAUUUAUGGACUGAAAACAAAAGAAAUUAGGAAUACAAUAAUAAAGAUGUUCAAAAAGAAAACAUCCUCCUUUUAGUAAACAUAGAGGCAUAUAAUCACAGCAUUUACCCCAAAGUACAGGAAAUGGAGCUAACGAAAAAACCUAAUAGUCAAUAUAGAUCUUUUCAGUCUCACAUUUUCCUAUUCACCAUAAAAGAAGUAAACAUUAUGUCCAACAUGUUUUGUAUUUAUCAAAGCUAUUGAUGUAUCAAGUUUACUGAUCCCUCCUUGCAGACAUUUCAAUACGCUUCCACUGCGUUCAUGCAUUCUACUUCAAAGGGUCCCACGAAGGAACUCAGUCACAUUGAUAAAAUGUGAGUCAUAGGAAACUCUUCAGUAACCAGUUGAUGUGUUUUCAUUGUCUGUGUGUUCCUUGUCACUUCUUAAAGUAGAAUGCAGGGACUCAUAAUAUCAUUCAAUAAUCGAAUACACAUGUACCAUAAUGUGCCUUUUAUAUAGGAAAAUGAGAUCUACACACCUACUAUAAUAACAUUUUUGAAGAUUAAUCUCCUUAGCAGUAUAGACAGUGGAGCAUAUUCAAAAAUAAUUUGAACCAGGAAACCUUCGUGUCAGUCCAUUUCA